AUGGUUGCAGCAACCCCGUACACCAUCUAUCGUGGUACAUUCGUUCAGCUUCCCCAGCUCGAUUCGAGCUCGGCCAAGCCGGAGCUCGCUCGAACCCAAGGUGUGCUGUGGGUCUCUUCAGCUGAUGGCCGUAUCAAAGGAUAUGAUUGGAAAGUCAAAGACGAUGUCAGCUUCCAAUCGUUCCUAUCUAGCCACGGCUGGACCGAUGCCGAUGUUACAAUUGUGCAGUCCAAUGAUGAGCAGAACGAGUUCUUCUUCCCUGGAUUCAUUGAUACCCACAUCCACGCGCCACAGUACCCCAACUUAGGGCUAUUCGGAUCAAAGGGCCUCCUGGACUGGCUGAAUGAAUACACCUUCCCAGUGGAAGCUAGCUUCGGCUCCAAGUUGGACCCAGGGAACAAGGACAUCGACCCCAAAGACACACCCCCGGAAGGCCUCCGCGUCUAUGAUGAAGUUGUUUCCAAGUCUCUUGCCCACGGCACAACUUGUGCAUCUUACUUUGCCACCAUCCACGUCCCGGCCACCAAUGCUCUUGCAGCGCUUUGCCACAAACACGGCCAGCGCGCCUUCAUCGGCCGCGUCUGCAUGGACAACCCCGACCUGUGCCCGUCUUAUUACAUCGACCAAUCCGCCGAUGAAGGCCUCAACGCAACAAUCAGGACCAUCGAUUAUAUCCAUAAGCUGGACCCGAACGGAACAUUGAUCAACCCAAUCGUCACCCCCAGAUUUGCCCCAAGCUGCUCAAAACACUCCCUCGAUGGCCUUGGCAAACUGGCUGCAUCUUAUGACCCGCCCCUCUGGAUCCAAACGCAUAUCUCCGAGAAUAUGGACGAGGUUAAACUCGUCCAGCAGCUGUUCCCAGAGUCAUCCAGCUAUGCUGAUGUCUAUGACACCGCGGGCCUGCUUACUAACCGUACCAUCCUCGCACACGGUGUGCAUCUCACUAAGGAUGAAAUGAUUCUGAUCCGCGACCGCGGCUCCAAGGUCGCGCACUGCCCGUCAUCGAACUCCGCCUUGGGGUCAGGACUUGCCCCUGUCCGCUUCAUGCUCGACCAGGGCGUCACGGUUGGUCUAGGCACGGAUGUGGCCGGCGGGUACAGCGCUAGUAUCCUUGAAGUUGCCCGACAGGCCAGCCUGGUGUCUCGAGUGGUUCAAUAUAGUGCGGAGUACCAAGAGCUGACAGGCAAUAAGACAUCGGAUGGAAGUGAGAAGCUUUUGGUUGAUGACGUUCUAUAUCUAGCCACCCGUGGCGGGGCAGCAGUCGUCGACAUGGCGGAUGACAUUGGUGGCUUUGAUAAGGGCAUGAUUUGGGAUGCGCAGCUGAUUGAGCUGGGUGCGAAUGUGACGAACGGCACCACGAGCCCACUUGAUGUGGCUGCUUUCGCUGGUCGAGCUGUUAAGACUGGUUCCUUUGGCAAUGUUGAUUUGUUUGGAAAUGAGACUUGGCAAGAACAGAUUCAGAAGUGGAUGUGGAGUGGUGAUGAUCGGAACGUGAAGAAUGUGUGGGUUCAAGGAAAGCUAGUCCACAGCAGAGAUGAGUGA